UCGCUCAGGUUGGUUGAAUUGUCCUCCUCCUCCCUGCUCACUGCACUGUGUCACCACUCGCUGCUCCACCUCACUUCACUCGAAGGCCUUCCGUCCAUCUCCCAAGGCGCCCCCGCUUGUCCUCUUCCUUCCGUGUCGGCCGAGGCCACGCACAUGGCGCUGCCUCUGCCACCCCUCCUCCUCCUCCUCCUUGGAAUGCUCGCCUCCCGCGCGCCGGCCCAGACGGCCACGCUGCACGAGCGCGACGCGGCGGCGCUGCGCGACCUCCGGGCCAGCCUGCGCGACCUGCCGGGCUCCCGCUUCUUCGACACCUGGGACGACGCCCGGAGCCCCUGCGCGUACGCCGGCGUCGUCUGCGCGCCCGACGAGGACAGCACCCCCACCCCCACCUCCGUCACGCUACGCGUGUCCGUGCUCACCCUGGGCACGGGGCUCGCCGACUCCCCGGGUCUAGCGGGGACGCUCCCGGACUCGCUGGCCACACUCGCGGCGCUCACGGACCUGGUCCUCUACCCCGGCCGCGUGUCCGGCCCCAUACCCGCGGGCCUAGGCGCGGGCCUCCGCCGCCUCCGCCUGCUGUCGCUGGCGGGCAACCAGCUGACGGGCCCCGUGCCGGCCUCCCUCGCGGGGCUGCCCGACCUCCACACGCUCGACCUCGGCGGGAACCGCCUCGACGGCGCCGUCCCGCCGGACCUGCUCCUGCCGGCCUCGCCCAGCCUCAAGGUGCUCAUCCUCGCCAACAACGGCGGGGUCUCCGGUGAGAUCCCCGCCGGCUUCGCUUCCUCCGGGCUGUUCCACGUCGACCUUGCGCGGAACGCGCUCGCCGGCGCGCUCCCGCCGCUGCCGCCCACGCUACGGUACCUGUCCGUCGCUGGCAACACCAUGGAGGGCACGCUGGAGGGGGCCUUCUGCUCUGGCGACGGCGGCUCUGCCAGCCCGCCCCUACCCGCCGACCUGGCGUUCCUCGACCUGUCCAUGAACAACUUCUCGGGCCAAAUCCCGGCGGCGCUGUUCGCGCUGCCGGGCCUCUCGUCACUGCUCCUGUCGCGGAACAACUUCACGGGUGCGCUGGCCGUGCCGUCCCAGCAGCAGCAGUGGGCCGUGGUGGACGUGAGCCACAACGGCAUCUCGGGCGAGGUCCCGGAGGCGCUGGCGGCGGCGGCCAGCCUGUACGUCAACAACAACCGGCUGUCCGGGGAGGUGCCGGCGGCGGUGGCACGCAGCGUGCUGGACGGGCGGAUGACCACGCUGUACGCGCAGCACAACUUCCUGACGGCCUUCCCCGUGCCGCCUGCCGCGCCGCUGCCGGACUCCGCCGCGCUCUGCCUGUCCUACAACUGCAUGGACCUGCCGAUGGCGUCCGCGGCCGACGGAUGCCCCACCAUCGGCGGGCCCCUCGAGGCCAGGCCCGCCGAGCAGUGCCGGAGCACCACCGGCGACGGCUGACGGGCGGACUGAGAUGUGAUGUGACACGGGCGGGUGGACACGCACGCUCGCGGCACGUCACCCGGCACGGGUGGGCUGGGGACGGACACCCAGGCUGGCUCGCUGGCUGGGGGCGCUUUGUCCGCUUGUUUUAGCUGGAGCUCUUGUUGUUUUGGGUCGUGUGAUUUCAGUUCAAAAGCGCGACAGAAUUAGGAGCUGCCCAGGCCAGUUGUUUAUACAGGCCGUCGUCCUGUUCCAGACGCGUUUCUGUCUGUGGGCUCUUAUUUCUUGGGCCGUCGUCUAGUGCGCCCUGGUCUUCAAUGGUUUGUUUGUUUCCUGGACUGAGGGGGUUUGCUCGGUUUCCCUUUCUUUUCUGUUUGAGGCCCAUGGAAGCCGAUUUGCCACAUGGGCGUUCUCUUUUUUUUCUUCUUCCCCUUGUACCCUAGAAGAUUUAAUUGCCACACGGCCCAUGACAUCCAGUUAGGCUCUCCAAAGAUC